AUGGACGUCCACCUUCUCGUUUAUGACCUCUCAAGGGGCCUCGCGCGUCAGAUGUCCCUCGGCCUGCUUGGAUUUCAGCUCGAUGCCAUCUACCACACGGCAAUACAAUUAAACGGGCGAGAAUACGUGUAUGAUGGCAGUAUUGUUGCCAUCAGACCGGGGUCGUCGCACCUCGGGCAGCCCAUGCAAAAGUUACAUCUUGGGACGACCGAGUUGCCCAUGGACGUAAUUGAGGAGUACCUAGACUCACUGCGGGAAAUCUACACGGCCUACGACUUGUGGAGGCACAACUGCAACAAUUUCUCAAACGACUUCGCCACGUUCCUCUUGGGCAAAGGGAUCCCUAGCCAUAUCACCAACAUGCCUCAAACUGUUCUAGAUUCACCGUUUGGUCAGAUGAUCUUGCCCACGCUAACACAGCAAAUCAACGCCAACAAACGCGGAGGCAACAUUCUCGGCAUCGAGCAGCAGACCCCGGGCAGCUCGGUCAAGCCUCAGUCAGAGCUCCACCGUCCCCUUAGCAAAGUCCACGUUGUCUCGAAUUUAGGGCAGCUCGACGAGUUGCUGGGAAGGUUCGAGAAAGCAUGCGCUGUUGUCUUUUUCACUUCGGCCACCUGCCCUCCUUGCAAAACCCUCUAUCCGCUCUAUGAUGAGCUCGCGGGUGAGAUCGGGGAGAAGGGGGUCCUGAUCAAAGUCGAUACUUCGCAAGCUUUGGAUGUUGGCAGUCGAUACUCCAUCUCGGCGACGCCGACAUUCAUUACAUUCCUAAAAGGUCAGCAGGAGAACCGGUGGAGCGGCGCGGACCCAAGUGCGUUGCGAGGCAACGUCCAACUCCUCGUCCAAAUGGCAUGGCCACCACACCCGCACCAGGCCCUUGAUUUACCCACCUUUUCCAAUCCCGCCGCCGAUUACGUCACCUUCACCAAGAUCCCCCCUCUGCCGAAGCUCCUCGCAAAGAUGGGCGCGACCGCAGCCCAUCCAGCGGUCCAGAGCAUCAAAACCUUCAUCGAGUCCCGCACCUCCGACGGGCCCGCCGAGACGACCCUCCCGGACCUCGCCGCCUUCACCUCCCUCAUCCGCUCCUCCCUAACCACCCUCCCUCCCGACCUCCUCUUCACCUUCAUCGACCUCCUCCGCUGCGCCCUCAUCGACCCGCGCGUGAGCGGCUACCUCGCCGAGGAACAACAACAACCCACCCACCACGACACCAUCACCGCCAUCCUCACCCACGUCACCACCACCCUCUCCCCCACCACCUGCCCCUACGCCCUACGCCUCGUCACCCUCCAACUCGCCUGCAACCUCUUCACCACGCCACUCUACCCCGGCCAAAUCCUCACCCACCCCCCGCUCCGCACCGCCCUCACCCAGCUCAUCUCCUCCAGCUUCCUCGACGACGCCCACACCAACACGCGCGCAGCCGCCGCCGCCCUGCUGUUCAACGUGGCCCUGGCCAACAACCGCAAGCGCCGCGCGGGGCCCGGGGACCUGCUGCCGGAGGCGGAGCAGGUGGAAUUGGCGGCGUCGGUGCUGGAGGCGAUCGUGCAGGAGGACACGUCGGCGGAGGCGCUCGAGGGGAUGCUGCUGGCGCUGGGCUGCGCAGAAGCUGCCGCCAAGAUGCAACUGAAUGCAACUGCCAACCCAGCCAACCCCUGCAUAUUCGGCAGCUCGCAUCUGCUCACCCCAGCAACUGCAACCCCCCAGCCAAUCAACCUCGAAAAACGCUUCCGAGACGUCGUCGGCGAUAUCAAUGAGACCUUGAUUGGCAUUUCCCUGGACCCGCGCCUGAUGCCGAACUCCGCAGGUUACCUCGACGUCGCCCAGCGAUCCGGUGCCUCGUGCGCGAGCACUCCUUCGUUGCGAUCGCGCGAUGGCACCGUUCCGCCGCAUGCCCGGGUCGAUGGGGGAGGGAACGUGAGGGUCGUCGUGAGGGUGCGGGCGUUUCUACCGCGGGAAAUCCACCGCGAUGCAGAAUGCCUCAUCCACAUGGACCCGGUCUCGCAGCAGACAACCCUCCUCGUCCCCAAUGACCACGACCCGGCCAAUGCGCGGGCGCGCUCGCGCAAGGUCUUGGAGGAGAAGUCCUUCACCUUUGACAACAGCUUUUGGAGCCACGACCCAGAAGAUGAGCACUAUGCGACACAGGAAGAUGUCUACGAUAGCUUGGGCGAGGAAUUUCUCGAUCACAACUUCGAAGGGUACCACACAUGCAUCUUCGCCUACGGCCAGACCGGCUCCGGCAAGUCUUACACCAUGAUGGGCACGCCAGACCACCCUGGCUUAAUACCACGGACAUGCGAGGACCUGUUCGAGCGCAUCGCGGCGGCCCAAGACGAAACCCCCAACAUCAGUUACAACGUGCGCGUCUCGUACUUCGAAGUCUACAACGAGCACGUCCGCGACCUUCUCGUCCCUGUCAUCCCGCACCAGCCCCCGUACUACCUCAAGAUUCGCGAGUCUCCCACCGAGGGCCCCUACGUCAAAGACCUCACCGAGGUCCCAGUGCGCAGCCUGCGCGAGAUCAUCCGGUACAUGCGCGUCGGCGACAACAACCGCACAACGGCCAGCACCAAGAUGAACGACACCAGUUCGCGCAGCCACGCCGUUUUCACCAUCAUGCUCAAACAAAUCCACCACGACCUCGAGACGGACGAAACCACCGAGCGCUCCAGCCGCAUCCGCCUGGUCGAUCUCGCAGGCUCCGAGCGCGCCAAGUCCACCGAAGCCACCGGCCAACGCCUGCGCGAGGGCAGCAACAUCAACAAGUCCCUGACCACCCUCGGGCGCGUCAUCGCCGCGCUCGCCGACCCCAAGCAGCAGCGCCCCCGCCCGGGCACCUCUGUCGUACCCUACCGCGACAGCAUCCUCACCUGGCUUCUCAAGGACUCGCUCGGAGGCAACUCCAAGACAGCCAUGAUCGCAUGCAUCGCCCCGUCCGACUACGAAGAAACGCUCUCGACACUGCGAUACGCGGACCAGGCCAAGCGGAUCCGCACGCGGGCGGUGGUGAACCAGGUGGACGCGGUAUCAGCAGCGGAGCGCGACGCGCAGAUCGCGGCGAUGGAGGCCGAGAUCCGGGAGCUCCAGCUCGUGGUCGGCGACUCGCGGCGGCGCGAGAAGGACGCGCGCGAGGCCGAGGAGCGCCUCGAGGAGUACCAGGCCCGCGUCCGCGGCCUCCAGCUCGCCAUGGCCGAGCGCUCCCUCCUCGCCGACGGCAAGAUCCGCUCCCUCCAGACCGAGAACGACGCGCUGCGCCUGCAUCUCAAGUUGGCGCUGGAGAGUCUGCGGAAUCCGAUUCCUGCGAUUCCGGUUAGUGAGGAGGGGGUGGUGGCGGUUGGUGGUGGUGGGGAGGGUGAUGGCGAUAACAACAACAAGGAGGCUGCGGAGGAUACUGGUGCUGGUGCUGACGAUGAUAAUGAUGACGGGUAUGCGUCGGGCGGGCCGGACCAGGAAGAAGAGGAAGAACAGAAGGAAGACGACGAGGAAGAGGCGGCCAAGUAUGAGCGUAAUGCUGACGACAUGCAUGAGCACAUGAGCGGGCUGCUGAAGGAUCUGGAUAUGUUCCGGCGCAAGAUCGGGGAUGACAAGACCCGUUUUGUGGAUGAGUUGAGUCGGAGGAAGCCGCUGGGGAAGAGGUCGAAUAUUAUUUGA